GCAGUGGUGGAGAAUGUGAAUCUCGCGCGGGCGCCGCAGCGAGGGAUGGAGUGCGUGUACUUCAUAUCGCCGAGCGCGUCGAGCGUGAAGGCGGUGAUCGAGGACUGUGAGAAGAAGACGUACGCGAAGGCGCACGUGUUUUUUACGUCGUCGGCGCCGCGGACGGCGCUGACGGCGAUCAAGGCGAGCGCGGCGUGCGUCGAACGCUUGGUGAAUCUGAGUGAGGUGAACGUGGAGUACAAUGUGUGCGAUUCGCGGGGGUUCACGGUGGGCGUGGAGGAUGCGCUGCGAGGGACGUUCGCGGAGGGCGCGGAGGGGUCGAGCGCGCAGGGGCGCGCGUUGGAUCUCAUCGCGACGCGUCUGGCGACGGUGAUGGUGUCUUUGGGAGAGAUUCCGUCGAUGCGGUACAUGGCGAAGGGUGAGAACAAAACGAGCGACGCCGCGCGCGGGAUCGCCGAUCGAGUCGAUCGAAUUCUCACCGCGAUGUUGCGCUCCAAGGGCGCCGAGGCGGCCAAGGCGAAUCCCACGUGCGACGUGCUCAUCCUCGAUCGCUCGUUCGACGUUCUCGCGCCCAUCGUGCACGAGUGGACGUACGAGAGCAUGGUGACCGAUCUUCUCGAUGUCCCGAACGGGAUGUACAGGUACAAGAUCACGACGAAGAAGGGGGAGGAAUCCAAGGAGGCGUUGCUCGGCGAGAGCGAUCCGCUCUGGUUGGAGUUUCGCCACUCGCACGUCGCCGAGGUUCUGAAUUCGCUGGCGGAUAAGGCGAAGGCGUUGGGCAGCGGGGGUGUGGGCGCGCGCGAUGUCACGACGGGACAGUUGAAACGCGCCGUGGAGUCGCUGCCGAGAGUUUUGGAACAACAAGCUAAACUCUCCGUGCACACGUCCAUCGCCGGCGAGAUCAACGACGUGUUGCAAAAGUGCAAUCUGAGCGAAGUCGGGCGCGUUGAACAGGCGGUCGUUUUCGGUGAAGCGACGAGCAAAGACAUCGUCGCCUUGUUUAACGAUCUCGACACCCGCGGCGUGCGUUUACCGAUGGUGGAGAAACUUCGCCUUUUGUUGGCGUACGUCAGUUCGCAUCCGCAAAAGAUUGACGAAUCGGAGAAGCAACGAUGGAUGAAAGAAACCGGCCUGACGAUGUCGGACAUGAAUAUUCUCGAGAAUCUCGAGUUAUUAGGUCUGAAGAUUCGCAAGGGCUCGACGUCGUACUUUUCGAACUCGUCAAAGAGCGCGCGUCCCAAGGUGCACGAACGCGAGAGCGAGUGGGAUCUCUUUCGAUUUUUACCGACGGUGGCGGCGUUGGUGAAAAACUUGGACGCGGGCACGUUGGACACGACGGAGUAUCCAAACAUCGUUCCCGCCUCGGGCGCGGCAUCGACGCCGCAGACGAUGAUGUCGCCCACGAAAUCACGCUCUGUGCGCACGCGCACCGAGGCGUCUUGGGCGCAGCACGGAAGCGCGGGCUCGAUGGGCGGCGGCGAUUCCGACUCAAACUCCGCCGCGCACAGGAGGACGGAUUCGACGGCGUCGAACCGCGCCACGAAGCGCGCGAGUCGUCGACUGAUAGUUUUCAUCGUCGGGGGCAUGACGAGAGGCGAGCUGAGAGAGGCGCACGCGCUCUCUCAGGCGCUCCAUCGCGACGUCAUCAUCGGCUCGACGUCGCUCGAGACGCCGACGUCGUUCAUCGAGAAACUCACAACUUUGAGCGCCACGAACCGCACGAGCGGUGGAAAUCGCGUCGAUAACAUGUUGCGAGGAAGAGACAUCGCGAAUUUAGCCGAUCUGAGUGGGUUGUAA